AUGGGAUACCCUGCUGUUUCCUCCAAGAUUCGCGCUGGCUUGCGCCGGUUUCCUCCACGAUCCACUCGCAACAUCCAGCAGAUCUUGGGCGCGAGGCCCGACGGAGAUCACUCCAGCGAUGAGUCCGUGGGUUGUUUCGAGCGAUGCUUGAAACGGCGACGAGCCAACCCAGAGGAAAAUGUGGGUUUCAGUGCAACGGAGCCGGCGGAGCGCUGGGUCGUGUGGGUUUCCAUCGAUCCUCGCAGCGGGCAGAUCUUCCCAUAUCCCAAGGAGGUGAGCCAACUCCUGGAACUCGGGCUGAAGCGCGGCGACGCAGCUGUCAGUCUGGGUGACAGUUUCUUCGGCGCCACCGUUGAACUCAGCGACGGAAACUUUCAGCAGCGCACUGCGCGCGGUGGCCGCGAUGUGCAACGCUUGCUGUUGCGCCGCCCAGAGGAGACGGUGACGCUGUGGGUGAGGCAAGGUCGUUAUCGCUGGAGUGUCGUGGAUGCAGGCACUGCUGGAAGCCAGGAACGUGUUGCAUCCAUGCCGGAGGAAGCAGUGGAUUUGAGCAAAUUGGAGGAACAAAGGGAGCGAGAGCCACCUCCACCUGAUGAUAGGGAAGGCGUCGCGUUGUGGCAAUGGUGCCACGAACUGCAUGUGACGCCAGCGCAAGCAGAGCAUUUGGAGGACUGUUUCUGGGGAAUCUACACGGAGCAGCAGAACAGUCAAAUCGAAGAAGCCUAUCAGGGCGCUGAGCGGCAGGUGGAGAUCACGGUGGGUGUGCGGCAAUACCAAGUGGUCUUUGGGCCAAUUCCUGGCUUUGCUCGUCAGGAGGUUUCAGGGACGUCCUGUCUUCCCCGAUUUACACAGCAUGGCUAA